AAGCCAGACUCAACGUCUCGACAAGCUGAGCUCCCGCCUCCCUUGGGUCUCUAGAGGUCGUCUUGGAGCCUUAACCGGAUCUCCACCACUCCAUCGACCCUCGAUAUUCCCACAUGUCAUCGGCCGAUAACAGAGGGCACGCCGACUUGGACACGAUUCAACCUCAGUACCACGACGUUUCGCGCAGUCCCACAAUUGACGCCAUGUCUGCCCACGGCGACGCCAACAACACGGAGAUCAUGGGCUCCCACGCCCACGAGAAGCCCGUGAUCUCGAGCACCGACUCCGAUCUCAAAACCACUAUCCCGGCCGGUCAAUAUGUCGACGCCGAGAGCCAACACCAGGUCGGUUCCGUUGAUCAUGCGGAGCAGCAACCCGCUAAGCGCUACACUUGGGCCUGGUUUUACUUCAACUUCAGGCCUUAUAUUCACGCUGCCAUUUGGGCGCUUUUCACUGCAUGGUGGAUUUACGGCGCUCUGAUCCAUCACCGUCAUGACCAUCUUGGAUGGCUGAAACCCACCCUCGUCUAUCUCGCCAUCUGCGCGCGCAUCAUCUUCUGCUAUGUCCCUACUAGCAUCGUCAUGCGCCCUGCCAGAAUCAUCUGGAUGCAUACGGUUCACAGGGGUUAUUCUAUGAUUCCCCAGAAGCUUCAUCAGCCUCUUGCUGCCCUUGGUACCCUCGGUGUCUUCCUCCUCGGCAGUAUGAUCCCGGAAGAGACCGGCGACAACACUCGCGCGAACCGUGCCAUCUCCAUUUUUGGACUAGUCGUCAUGAUCUGCCUUCUCACUGUCACCUCUCGCGACUGGAGGAAGAUUCCCUGGCACACUGUCAUUGGUGGCAUGCUUACCCAAUUCGUCAUUGCCGUUUUUGUCCUCAAAACCAAGGCUGGUUACGACAUCUUCAGCUUCAUUUCCGAAAUGGCCCGCACUUUGCUCGGUUUCGCCAACGAUGGUGUCGUGUUCUUGACUGACGACACGGUCACCGCCAAAGGCUGGUUCUUGACUGGUGUUGUUCCUCCCAUCAUCUUCUUCGUCGCCCUUGUUCAGCUCUGCUACUACUUGGGAUUUAUCCAGUGGUUCAUUGGCAAGUUCGCCGUCUUCUUCUUCUGGACUCUACGCGUCUCGGGCGCCGAAGCUGUCGUUGCUGCUGCCACCCCCUUCAUCGGCCAGGGCGAGUCGGCUAUGCUGAUCCGUCCUUUCGUCCCGCACUUGACGCUUGCCGAAAUUCACCAGAUUAUGACUUGCGGCUUUGCCACCAUUGCCGGCUCCGUCCUGGUUGCUUAUAUCGGUCUUGGUCUUGAUGCGCAGGCCCUUGUGUCUAGCUGCAUCAUGUCCAUCCCAGCUUCUUUGGCCGUUUCCAAGAUGCGUUUCCCCGAGACGGAUGAAACUCUCACUUCUGGCAAUGUUGUUAUCCCCGAGGAUGAAGAGCACAAGGCCUCCAAUGCUCUUCACGCUUUUGCCAACGGUGCCUGGCUCGGUAUCAAGAUUGCUGGCAUGAUCGUUGCCACACUCCUAUGUAUCAUUGCCAUUGUUGCUUUCAUCAACGGCCUGCUCGGCUGGUGGGGCAAGUACUGGGGCUUGAUGGGUCAGGACGCCAAACAUCCUAUGCUCUCACUAGAGCUUAUUCUCGGAUAUCUUAUGUAUCCUGUCGCUUGGCUGCUCGGCGUCCCUAAGCAGGAUCUCCGUCCUGUUGGCGAGUUGAUUGGCAUCAAGGUCAUCAUUAACGAGUUCGUCGCCUUCUCGUCGCUCACGAACGAUGAGCCCUACAAGAGCAUGAGCCCUCGUUCCAAGCUUAUUGCCACCUAUGCCGUUUGCGGCUUCGGCAACAUUGGAUCCCUUGGCACGCAGAUUGGUGUGCUUUCUCAGCUCGCUCCUGGGCGUGCCGGUGAUGUCUCCAAGGUCGCGAUGUCGGCUCUUUUCUCCGGUGUCCUGUCCACCUUGACCUCUGCCAGCGUUGCUGGUAUGCUUUACACCGAACGAUAAAGAGCUGGUCUUGAUGUGCUUAUGAGGGAAGGUUGAUGUAUAUGAGUAAUGUGUAAGAAGAGAUGAGAAAGCCAGUUGUGCGAGUGUGGGACCAUGAUACCCUUGAUGCCGAUUAAAAGAUUAAUAAUGCCCGAGGUCGUGAAUGAACGUCGGCCAGAAAAAACUGGUUCGACGCGUCUUCGACUCAAAAUCUAAUGAACAAAAUGUCGAAGUACGUUUUCUACAUUUUUCGCACCUCGUUGUUCUCAUUAUGACGAGAUAUUUGUGUCAUCU